AGGGGACGGGCGAGACGCACGCAAAUGACGUAGAAGGAAGUCACACAUAGGCACGUUUGUAGCACAUGAGGAUAUCAACAACAACUCACCGCUCCUCAGAAAGGUAACAUGGCGAGGAAUAAACAAAAGGGGAAGAAACAGAAGAACGUCUUUCAAGUUGCAAACAAGCACUUGAAGCACAAGAACAAAGCGAAACCUGUCACGACAACACUCAAACACAUCAAUGCAGUGAAAAAUGAGAAGGUGGAGAACCUCAAUCAAAUCUUCACAGAAGUCCAGAGGGACGUUAAGAGUGUUUCGAAGUCUGUUGCUCCUGAACCAAAGAAACAAACACAGGUUGUCAGAGAGCCACCAAAAGAAUCUGUAAAUGUUGACAAUGCUGCUCAACUCUUCUCUCAGCUAUAAUAGACCAUGAAAGUGGGACUUGUAUAAAGUCUGAGGACAAACCCACUGACCAGCUAAUGAACUGGAUGUCUCUCCAUGUUGGACAUAUGAAAUAAUAAAGUCAGUUUACUUUCAGUAAUGAGUAAAUGAUGAUAAGAUGAAAAUUAGAAGAGGUUAUGGUUAUUGCAUGAUAGUAAAACCUUGUGUGAAAUUUAAGAAUUCUGUAUAUUCAAUGCAAAGAAAUCAAUUGACUGAUGUGUGCUCUGUCAAUUGUGAUAUUGUUUCAGGAACAUUUUUAGUGAAGGCGUGAAUACAUUUUUAUUGUCUUGUGUAGAAGUGUUUGCUUUCUAUUAUCGCUGCAACUAAUAAUAUUUUAAACGUUGAUUACACCGCUGAUUAUUUCCUUGAUUAAUUGAUGAAUUGUUUUGUUUAUAAAAUCUCAGAAAAUAGUGAAAAUUGCCCGUUAUAAUUUUCCAGGGCCCAAGGUGAUAUCUUCAAAUUGCUUGCUUGUUUCCCCUACCAAACACCCCAAAUAUUCAGUUUACUAUGAUAUAUGAUAAAGAACAUUUGCAAAACCUCA